AAGUAUCCUUGUACUAGGACGCAUAAAGGACGCAUCUGAAAGCAAAGGGGAGAGGAGAAACUCGCUCGCUGAUUAUGACUGACAGCAGAAAAAAAAACCAUUCAUACGGCAAAUAUCGUUCCCAUGAUAAUUUUACUACGAACCAAACCACACUGACGCUGUGAGUCUGAAUGAUAUGUACAUGCAUAAAUAUGUAUAUCCCUUUCACCUUUGUAUAAGCAAAGUAAAUAAAAGUAAGUACUGUAGCUAAUAGUACUGUGAAUUAUCUGUCACCCACGACCGCAACACUAGCUUCUAUAACAACAAAACUUCAAAAACCAAUGCCGAAACUGCCUCUGCUGCGCCAACGACGUCAAUCCGAAUCACAACUAAAACAAGAACAAAAUGAAAUAGAACAAAAUGGAACGCAAAAUAAGAUAAAGAGCACACGCUACGAUGGAUGUUCUGCACGAGCAAUUUUCGGAAAUGGUCAUCUCGCGCGGGGGCAAUGUGAACUGGACAUCGAAAUCGUACGAUUUGACCCCGCUGGACUUUUCUUGUGGGGUUUUCUUAAGUCGCAGGUCUAUGCCAACAAGCCGCCAACCACCGAUGCCCUCAAAGUCAAAAUACGCCAAGCCAUUGAUCAAAUACAACCCGAUUUGUGCGCCAGAGUCAUCGAAAAUUGAGCCUUUCGCGUGAGCGCCACCAACCAAUAUUCCAUACAUAAUAGGGUCAAUAGACCUAAUGAAAAACCCUUUACUACCUGCAGUGUUGUGUCCUCCACGAAUUUUUAUAACUGAGGACAACUUCUUGGAGUAUUUUUAUACAUUAGGAAAGCGCUUUGACGCGGCCGGCGACUUUAGCCCAAAGCAUACUCUUGCAUGGUUAUCUGUAAACCAUCUUUAUAAUGCAAAAAUUAAAGUAAAGUGAAAGCUGAACUACGUAUUCCUGGAAUACACCUACAUACUGGUCUGCGAACUCGCCGAUCUCAUUGAUAUUCAAAAACGAAAAGUAUCUCAAGUCAUCUCAUCACAGCUGAAUCACCCCUAACCUUACCUUCAGACCACUACACCAGCCGCAAGAAAUUGAGAAACCUUACAGGUUUACAAGCAACAUACCACUUGGUUUGCAGGUUUUGGUUUUGGUUUUGGCGGCUUGUGGGCGUUAGAGUGGGCGUGGCAA